GACGGCUGGAUUCCAGCAGGCGGUGUUGAGUUGCCCUCUUGUGCCAGUCUCAGCUGAUAUAUAAACCAAUGAUUUCCUCUACGGUUCUUCAGAAAGGCGUUCUUGUCUCCCACUGCAUUUGACUGCUGCACUCAACACGCAUCACCAGUAUGCCGAUUCAGGUUGGUCAAGCUCUUCCCUCUGUUGAGGUCCAUGAGGGAGACCCAGGAAAUAAGAUUUCAAUGUCUGAACUCUUUAAGGGCAAAAAAGGAGUGCUGUUUGGUGUGCCAGGGGCAUUCACUCCUGGAUGUUCAAAGACUCAUCUCCCAGGAUUCAUCCAGAUGGCUGCAGAUUUGAGGGCCAAAGGUGUGCAGGAGAUUGCCUGCAUCUCUGUCAAUGAUGUAUUUGUUAUGUCUGCCUGGGGCAAGACGAACGGAGCAGAUGGCAAGGUGCGGCUGCUGGCUGACCCCACUGGAGCUUUCACAAAGGCAGUGGAUCUCAUUCUGAACAAUGAUCAUUUGAUGGAGGUGCUUGGGAAUUUAAGGUCUCAAAGGUACGCCAUGUUAAUUGAAGACGGAGUGGUCAAGAAGCUCAGCGUGGAACCUGAUGGGACAGGGCUGACCUGCAGCUUGGCCUCAAACUUUCUGGGGGAAAUUUAAAACAAGUUUACAUUUUACAAUAGGUCACUCUUAUUUCAUAGUCCUGACAGACCUAUUGUCAUUCCAAAAAUAGUGUACUGGGAAAAACUCAACAAUGAGCAAUGCUAACUAUUGCAUGUGCUGUGGGGGAAUCCAAAGUGAGUAGUUUACAUUUAAGCAGAAGUUCAGUGCUUCUUAUUUGGGGGGGUGGGGUGGAAUAUAAAUGCUCUUUUGGCUGUACAUCGCACAAGUCCUUGGCUCUUUUUCAUGAUAUCAAUUCUUGUGUUUGCUCCUAGCUGCAAUAAAAGUUUUCCAUACCAUUGCA